AUGCCUUCCGUGGAACUGCUCCCAUCAAUCUCACUGAUAGGCAACAUCAGGUUCUUAGAUGGGCUACUGGUUCAGUCGAGAUAUUCUUCUCCCAAUGACCGGCCAGCUGCUGCUUAUGUCCUUCUUGCUCGGCAAGAUUUGGCGAUGUCAACUUUGGCACGUAAAUGCAAGUAUAAGGAAGUUGAAACACCGACCAAUGUGAAUGUAAUCUCUAUGUUUACACCUUAUAUGCUUAAUCUGCACCCAGUGACAAUAUCUUCUACUAUUUCCGAUGCAAUUGUAUUGGAAGGAACUAAACUUGAGGACACAGAUUCAGUUGAUGGGUCUUUGUUAGAUGGUAUGGAGCAUAUUUUUAACUCUAGCACACAGCUGCGUUAUGGUCGUGAUCUGAGGUUGAAUGAGGUUAGACGCCUUUUGUACCCUUCAAGACCUGUGGCAAUUCAAACAUCAGUUAAACAUAGUGCAUCAGAUCAGGACCUCCAGCAGACUCAAUUGUGGCAUCUUGCCCAAAGAACCACCUUCACCACCACCGGUCACAACACCGACUUCACCACCCCCGGUGACCUCCGCUCACAGCCUUACACCUCCCUCAAUUUCUUCCUUCUGCACACAGUAACAAAUCACCCUUCAUCCUCGUCAAACUUUAUUCUCUUUGUUAACAACACACAAAUCCGCUUCAUCUCUAUUACAGUCGUUCAACGCUAUUAUCCGUCACCAUCCAAACCCAAAACAAACUAG